CACUGCACUCAGUUUAUUUUGAUCGAUUUGAUGAAGCCCUGUGCUCUGGGUUGUGUCCAGUUUUUCGCAGUAGCCCUGUCUAAAAACCAAAACAACGAAGGCCCAAAUACGGUCAAAGUAUAAAUUGACAAGAAUCUGAAGGCUGCUGUCACCACCUGAUCCCGCAAAUCUGUCAUGAACUUCUUCUAAAAGGGUGGAAAAUGGCAGCAGUCAAGUGGGAAAAGUAUCACCAAGAGGUGCUGAUUGAAAAAGUGCGUGUCCGGAAAUGCCUUUGGGACAUUCGUCACCCCGACUACAGAAAUGUCAACAAGAAACAAGCGUUCUACGAGGAAGUUGCCGACGAAAUGGAAUCGAUUCGGCCAGGAACUUCAGUGGACGAAGUGAAAAAACGCUGGGGCAAUCUGAGAUGUCAGUUCUCGGAAAACAUCAGAGCGUCCAAGGGAAAGGAUGGAGGACCGGACAAGCCGAGGAAGCUGUGGUGCAAAUCUCAGCUUAGUUUCCUCGGCGACGUCACUAUUCCUAGAAGUCAAAAGCAGAAGAAAGGGGUUGAGGCGCCGAAAAACGACGUCGUCUCUGGAACUGAGAGUUUGACAGCCGAGAUGGAUGCCCAAAACCUGGGAGAAGAGGUAAGCAACCGAACCACUUCCUCAAAUUUCCAUCAGUGCGAAGUCAGCUCGCCGGAGAGCUGCUGCUUUUCAACCAUUCGGCUCGGUCUCGACGUGGAAAAGCAGCGCAAAAUUCCCGAUUGCAGUCUCGACUCGUUAGCUACCUCCGGAGGCAGCCUUGGGCUCAACGCGCUAAACUCCUCUCCACCAACCGGCUCAGGGCCGUCGUCCCUGCCCUCCCUCCGAAACCUGGACCCCAUCGACAAGUACGCACAUUGCGUCGCGUCUGAGCUGCGGCAAAUCCGGCAGCCGCAGCAACUCAUUCUGGCCAAGUGGCACAUCCAGAACAUUCUAUUCCAAGCGCAGUUCGGCAUGCUGGUCGGUCCGCCGGCCACCCUGGCCUUCAGCAGUGCCCCCGCCCCCUAUCCGCAAGACACCCUGGUCAACUGGCCACAGUCGGCGCCGAUCCAGGUGAUCGCCACGGACGGCGACGCCGCCAAAGGAACAAAUCCGUGAAGUUCAAAUUUGCGGUCGCUCAGACUGAUUGACCCUGGGAGGUUUUGUGCACAACUCCCUGUUUUUGUGAUACCUUUGAGUUAAGUGCAUGCGUACAAAUUUUCUUCCUAAGGUGAAUUUUUUAAUUUUUUAGUAUGAAUUGGAUAUGAAUCCUGUUGUGUUGCCAAACUGGCCAACCCGUGUACUUAAGAAUUAAUUGUAAGAGGGACAGUAACAUUAACUAAAUGCAAAAUUAAAUAUUUCUAGCAAUUUUUAGAAGAAUUUUCAAAAUAGAGUCAUUCCCUAAGGUCUUGUAAUCUGAAUAAAUUUCCAAAUACAUAAACUACUAAUAAAUUUUUUUUAA